CUGCAGCCUUCCAGGGAGCCCGUGCCAGCGGUGCCAGGGCCAGGCGAACCGAAGGGAACGUCGCUCCUGGACUCUGCACCUUUUUUUGUGUUCCUGCUCAGCACCAGGACAGAAUCCUGCCCGGAGGACGAUGUGGCAGCUCCCCAGACGGUGGCAGAGGGAGUGGGGGCAGCCAAGGCUCCCCCAGCUGCAGGUUUUGCUGAGUUCCAAAUCUAAGGAGCCAACGGAGCUGAGACAAAAGAGAGCAUCCUAUCCCGGGGCUGUGGACCACCCUCAGGCUUCCCAUCCACCGGAGCGUUCAGCUGUUGGAAGGAAAACUUCCCCAGGACCUGAUGCUUCCAGGUUUCCCUUUGCCUUUGGGGAUGGGAAAGGAGCGGGGGAUCGGUGCCUACGGCAGGAGCAGAGGGGCUGGGGAGGGUUUAGGGGGGUGGGCACCCUCUCCCCGUUCUUGCAUAACCCUGGGAACGCGGCGUCCUCCGGGGCGAUGACGGCAGCGCCCGUCCCGUCAGCACAGCCACAGCUCCCUGCCCGGCCCCUGGAAAGCUGCCCUUCCCACUUAGCUAAACUGCUGGAAAACUGGGAAGCAGGUAAUGUGUGUUUUAAAAACCUCAACGUUUUCACCUCCCUCUGGGAGCUCAGCCCAGUGCCAGCGCUGGUUAAAGCCCCCGGAGCGGUGCUGGGCAUCCUGUCCCGUAAGAAGUGCCAUAAAUCCCUGUUGGGUUUCUUCCUGCUGGAUAGCAUUCAGAGAGAGAGCUGAUUGACUUGUAAUUAAGCAGAACUGCAAAAUAUUUUAGUGUGAAAUAAACAUAUUUAAGCCUCUGCUGAAAGAGUUGUUAAUAUCUCCUGUGGAAGCUCUGGGUAAGGGUGAUUUUCCCACCCUAAAGGAUGUAUCUGCUGAAUGUAUCUUCUGCUGAUGUAAAUAUUUAGUGAGAAAAUGUAUGGCUUCAGUCACAACCCCGUCAUUUUGUU